UUAAACAAUCCAGGCUAUCCUUCUCUCGAUGCAGAUCUAUAGGAGCGAAUCUAGAGAGAGAGCGAAUCUAGGAAAGCGAUAACAAUGGCUUCAGUAAAUCAAUUUUCGAUGAAGGUAACAAUGGUUUCUAAGAAAGGUGAAAGCGAAGACAAUGAUUUUGUGCUGAGGGAAUCCGAUGAUAUGCUUCUGACAAUGCCUAAUGGACUGGUCUAUAAACGCCUGUGUAAGCCGAACCUAUUGGAUACAAAAACUGAAGCUAAGAUAAAUUCAUAUUGCAAUGUUGGUAAUGGGGUUAAGAAGUUGAAAGAAAUUCUUUCAAAAGAAGAACUAAAUGAAAUUUGAGAGACUGCUUUUGGAUAUUGGUUACACAUUAGAGAAUUGAAAUGUGUUAAUGGCCAACUCCUCAUUCUUCUCACACUCAACCAUGUGGAGCCGAUGAACAGAGUGCAUGCCUCCAAAGAAAUUUCAUUUUCCAUUGGUGACAGACUGAUUAAAUUCACAAAGAAAGACUUCCAGGAGGUGAGUGGUUUAAGGUUUGGGAGCAGUAGUGAAAAAAUGGAGAAUUAUACAGAACCUAGUGACAUAAGUAAAAGAUACUUUAAUGG